AUGUUGACUCAAGCGCUGCAUGGACUGGAAUUCGGCGCGGUCAUUCAAGGCGUUUUAAGACUUACCGUUCUCAUGAGCCUAGUCCUAGGCGCCACACGCCUAGCACGAACCAUUUACCUAACCCGCAGACAGCCUAAGCACUUACUACGACUGGGCCUCCUCAACUCUAGCCAUCUUGCAGACCAGUACGAUGCCAGAUACGAUAAGGCCGAGGAAGACUCAAGGAGCGAAGCCAUCCUGGUCAAAGCACUUUAUAUCUACCCGAUAAAGUCUUGCGCACCUAUCGAGUUGGAGCGUGCACUCCUUACCAAGACCGGCUUUGCAUAUGACAGAUGCUUCGCUCUUGCCGUCGAGGUAAACAACGGCGAAUGGCAGUUUAUCAGCCAGCGUACCAAGCCACAAAUGGCCUUGAUCAAGCAGGAGCUAUGGCUCCCUCCACCAGACAGUGGCCAAAGCGACCAGCUUGCCCAGGCGGGUGGACGUCUCAUUGUGAGCUUUCCGGAUCCCGAAACUCCUGACCUCACGAAGCGCUUGGAAUCCAUGUUUGAGACGUGGACGUUAUCAGCCAAACCAGCAGUCCGCUUCAUCGUCCCCUUGCUUUCAACACUGGCUGAUAUCGCCCCAAUGACGCCAGAGCUGAAGCAUUUCACCAUCCACAGCCGCCAGGCAACGGGACUGGAUCUCGGGCAGCUUCCUGCUGUUGCAGCAGCACUGCCCAAACUGAAGAGGUUCCUCAAGAUCCCCGAGCGUCAAAAUCUUACUCUCAUGAGGUGUACUCCCGAUACGCUUGUCCGCACGACCAGGAAUCUGGCACCACUCAAAUAUAUCGGCACGCAUGCAGUCCAUGGGUACACUGAUCAACAGCCCGUCCACAUCAUAAAUUUGCCUUCAGUGCAUGCGAUAUCCCAGCUUCUUCCGCCGGAGAACCAGCCUCUGAGCGCGAUGCGCUUCCGUGCAAACAUAUAUUGCACAGGAGCCCCCGCAUUUUCAGAAGAGAAGUGGAAGCGGUACAGAAUCCUGCCGAAUGCUGUAAGCUCCGGACUACGUGCAAACGCGGCACCCACCCUCUCAGUGGUGUGCCGAACGUCACGGUGCACGAUGCCCAGCGUCAUUCCGGACAAAGGCGUUUUCGAAGAAGACAUCCCAGCUCCGGAUAGGAAAAAGGGCAAGCCACAGCCCAGCGCGACAUUGGUGAAAUACCGUAUGGUGGAGAUUGGUAACCCGGCUGCACUCGGUUAUCUGGGUAUGCAUUGCGUCCCCGAGGACUCGGGCUUCACGGAAGCUGUCGAUCGAGGGGCUCAGCUAUAUGUGGAGGUUGGCGAUGUGAUCGAAGUUCUAGAGACAGGGUCCCAUCUUUAUGGGUCGACAGGGGAUGAUUAUUGA